AUGGGAAAAACAAUCAACAUUUCAGAUGAUAUGAUUCAGGAAGUUUUAUGCAAACUGCCGUUGAAAUCUGUGUUGAGAUUCAAGUGCAUCUCAAGAAGCUGGCUUUCUUUAAUCUCCACCAAACACUUCAUCAAACAACACCUCAAGAUAUCGAAAUCGAGCACCGACGACGACGAAGACAACAAGCUCUUCUUCAGCUUCAAAUUGAAUCAAAACUUUUAUCGUUUCUCCGGUUUCGGAUCGUGUUCUCUCGGUAACGAGCCCAUCGUCAUGACUCCUCAUUUCGAUGAUCAUCUAACGCGUAACCCUAUUCUGAUUGUGGGAUCGUGUAAUGGGCUAAUACUCAUCAACAUUAAUGAAAGUAGCAAGAAACUACUUUUAUGGAAUCCUUUAACUAAAGAAGUUAAUGACAAUACUCCACCUCCAUGUUUUGACGAUAAAAAUCAAGAUCGCUCGAUUUAUGGGUUUGGGUACGAUGAGGCGCAAGACGCGUACAAGGUUGUCUGCGUUGAACUCUCCUAUAAGUGUCCCUAUGCGGCACAUAUGUAUAGUUUCAAGACCGGUUCUUGGAAGAAAAUCGGGAAUUUCGACAAGGGUUUUCUCGAUGAGAAUCAUGCAAAGUUUGUGAAUGGAAGGUUCCAUUGGUUGGCUUGGACAGCUACACGUUUCUCUUAUAGGGUUCUUUUCGAGAUUGUUUCUCUUGAUUUGGCCGAGGAGAAAUAUGAAAGCAUCGGAGGUCCAAAAUGCUUCUCAAAUCAUAAUGUUAAUAAUCAUGUUUUAAAGUUGGAAGAAUUGGGAGGAUUUCUUAGUUUGGUGGUUACGAAGAGAUGCGAGCAUGAUGUAAAUGUUUGGGCUAUGAUGGAGUAUGGUAAUGCAGAAUCUUGGACUAAGGUUUGGAAACUUUCCAAUUUUUGUACCUAUAAAGAUCGGUUUCUUCAUCAGUUUCUUCAUCGUUAUCCUAUUGAGGCGAAGCCAUUAUGUUUGAAGAAGAAUGGAGAUAUUGCAGUGGCUUUUGGAACGAAUAUAAUUGUUUAUAACAGCAAGAAUGAGAUGCGUAAGUCUCCUAUUAAUACGCUUGGUGUUUGUAUAGAGCAGUUCACUGUCUAUCGUGAAAGUUUAGUUUCACCAUUUGGUGAUGUAUAA